CAAGCCGCGCCUGCUCUCCCUUCGGUGGGACUGGGGGCUGAACGACGGACAGACGACAGCCCAUCAGCAGGAAAAAAACACACCAUGUGAAGAGAAAGUAUAUAAAAAGGGACACGGAAAAGAAAAUUAAGAGGGUGAAGACUCAUUCAUUUGUUUCCCCAUCGCCACCAGCACCACCGGGUCAGCGUUUUUAACGGCCCGGCACAGAGCGAAUGGACAGAGCCGGAGAAGAGCAGGACAGUCUCACCAACGGUACGACCUCACCGUACGUCCGACCAUUUACAUUGUGUCUGUGUCUGUCAACCGUUGGCGGUGAUAGAAGACUUACCCGGUGAACCUUUGACUUAUUUGCCCGUGAGGAGGCUUCUUUUGGGGGUAGCAGACACGUAUACCAUGCCGACGAGUGAUGGCCCUAGCCGCUUCCCUGUCUUUGUGGCUCCGCCCCACAGCAACCACCAGAGGUCCCCAGGCUACGUCCCUGGGCGAGUGGCUCCAGUCCGCUCACCGCCACCUGCCAAAGCUCCGCCACCUCCACCGCUAAAACCUCACAGGCCGCCACCGGAGCGGCCGGCCCCUUUCAACCUGUCAGAGGACAGCCAGCGCAGGGAGCGUGCUCAGAGCCUCCAGCAAAGAAAGAACACGCUGAUCUGCUUCGGAGUGUCGAUGGGUGCUUUGACUCUCACACUCAUCCUUGUUCUUAGUCUCAUAAGUGGAGAUGUGUUAGACGAGAACUGUCCAGACCACAACCCAUCCCUUAGUGGCUGGAACCCAGGCCACCAGCCAGAGAAGGCUGUUGUUGUUAGGAGAGGACAUUUGUUUAGACUGGAUUCUUCUGCUACCUUCUAUUCACUAACCAUUCAGUCAGGAGGUCGGGUAGUUUUUGCAGACAACGCCAACGGCUCCAAGAACAUAACCUUGAGAACACGCCACAUCCUCAUAGAGGAAGGUGGAGCCCUUCACAUCGGUGCUCCCAAAUGUCGCUACCGUUCUCGUGCCACCAUUGCCCUUGUGGGCCGUUCUGACGACAAGGCGGUUCCUGAGGUCCCUGGCCUGGGCCGUAAGUUCAUCGGCGUUCAGAGUGGUGGAACUCUGGAGCUACAUGGUACUGAGAGAGUUUCCUGGUCUCUGCUGACCCGAAGCAUCCCCUCCUCCGGGUUGGCCACAGGGGGUCACGCCUUCCAGCGCAACUUCAGCCGAGGCAUCAACCUGCGUGUGGUGGACCAGGACACAGCCGCUGUGCUGCUGUCUGAACGCUAUGACACACAUGAGUCCCGCAAUGACAGUCGUCGACUGACCCAGCUGCUCCGGUCCCUGCCGGCGGGCCGCAUCGUCACACUAGCUGUAGGAGACUCGGCCGUCAAGAGUCUCCUAGAUGAAACCAAGAAGACCAUUGAAGAGAAGCUCGGCAGCAGCUUUGUCUAUGAUCUCAAAUACAGACAGGCAUGGGCUUUGGUCUCUGUGGUAGACGGUGGUAACGUGUCAUGCUCAGAGGACGUUAGGGAGCAUGAAAACCAUGACACAGGAGGGAGAGCUCUGGCAAGACGCAACUUCACCACCGUGGAUGGAGUGGGCUUCUCGGUUACCGCCUACAGCGAAUGGAAGAAUGGUUUCCCCAUCUCAGGCUUCCAGGUGGACGCUGUGGACCAGGUGGUGCUAAACCUACAGGAUGAAGUGCAGCAGACCUGGAAACCCGGAGAUCGCAUUGUAGUUGCCAGCACAGACUACUCUAUGCACCAGGCUGAAGAGUUUACCCUGCUGCCCUGUCCCCACUGCACCAGCAGGCAGGUCAGGAUACAAGGGAAGCCUCAGUAUAGCCAUGUUGGAGAAAUCAUAGAUGGAGUCGACAUGCGCGCUGAAGUGGCUCUGCUCUCCAGAAACAUUCUCAUCUAUGGAGAAAUGGAAAACUCCUGCUACGGAAACAACAUGUGCCAGUUCUACAGCCACGACACCUACGGAGGCCACAUCAAGAUCUUUGGUAACUUCUCGUCAGUGCAUCUUUCCCACGUGGAGCUGAAGAACAUGGGUCAGCAGGGGGAGACGGGCCGCUACCCCCUCCACUUUCACAUGUGUGGGGAUGUCGACCAGAGGGGAGGCUACGAGGAGCCCACCUACGUGGAUGGACUAUCCAUACACCACUCCUUCUCCCGCUGUCUCACCAUCCACACCACCAAUGGUUUGCUGGUGAAGAACACUGUGGGUUAUGACACCUUGGGUCACUGUUUUUUCCUCGAGGAUGGGAUUGAGCAGCGUAACACUUUCUUCCACAACCUCGGCCUGCUGACUCGACCUGGGACUCUGCUGCCCACUGACCGCAAUGAGACGCUCUGCACCAGUAUCAAGGACAAAGUCUACCAGGGCUACACUCCCUCACCCAGCACAGAGUGCAAGGCAGUCUCAACAUUCUGGAUCGCCAACCCCAACAACAACCUUAUCAGCAAUGCAGCUGCUGGUUCUCAGGAUGCUGGCAUAUGGUUUGUAUUCCACAGCUCUUCCACUGGAGACUCUCAUGGGUUGGUACCAGAGACCAAGGCAGAGCUCACUCCCUUGGGGAUUUUUUACAACAACCGUGUACACUCCAACUUUAAGGCAGGACUGUUCAUUGAUAAAGGAGUGAAGACCACCAAUGCCAGUGCUGCUGACCCCCGGGAAUACCUGUGUCUCGAUAACAGUGCCAGAUUCCGACCACACCAGAACGCUGACCCGAGCCUUCCUCGGGUGGCGGCAGUCAUCGACUCUCUGAUCUCCUUUAAGAACAACGACUUGGGAGCGUGGAUACGGGGUGGUGACAUAGUCAUCCAAAACUCUGGCUUCGCAGACAAUGGAGUGGGAUUAUCCUUUGCCAGUGAUGGCAGCUACCCUAAGGAUGAAGGCUCCAGCCAGGAGGUGAAGCAGUCCCUGUUUGUGGGUGAAAGCCAAAACAGAGGGACCAAUGGAGGACAGAAUAAAUACUGGGGAGUAGGAGGGGCCGAUGGAAAGAUGAGGACACUGCCAAGAAACAGGACGUUCCCAAUCCGAGGUUUCCAGAUCUAUGAUGGUCCGGUGCGGCUUACACAGAGCACAUUUCGUGGAUAUAUCCCUACGCCUGAGCGUUAUACCAGCGCGGUGGGGUUCAACCUGAAGAACACCUGGCAGCUCACCCCAAGAAACAACUUGUCCCAGCUCAGCUUCCAUUCCACUGUGGGUCUGCGGACAUUCUUUGGUCGCCCCGGGCAGUGGUUUGAAGAGAACGACCUAGACGGUGACAAAAACUCCAUCUUCCACGACGUGGAUGGGUCAGUAACAGGCUACACAGACACCUACGUUGGCAGAGCUGACAAUUACCUGAUCCAGCAUCCUGGCUGUGUGAACAUGUCUCGGUGGAGUGGCGUGAUCUGCAGCGGCCGUUACUCUCAGGUGUAUGUCCAGACACAGGGAGCCCCUAGCCUCAGUUUAUCCAUCAGCAGAGAUGAAUACCCUGCUGCUCCUCUGGUACUGAGGGGUAUUAACAGCCAGGGGGCGCUAUCACAGCAGUAUCAGCCCAUCCUGAUGAUGAGCAAGAGCUACACUCUGCACUGGAGUGGACCUGCGCCCAGGGAGGUUGUCCUCUCCCUCAUCAACUUUGAUAAAGAUGACUGGGUGCUGGUGGGAGUCUGUUACCCCUCAGACACCACAUUUCAGAUCAUGGCCGACAUCUACGAUAGGCAAAGCAACACCUUUGAUGACAUCACAGACUACGGCACUGUGUCAUCCCUGUCAGAGCUCGAGAAGAGACCGAUGGAAAGGAAGUACUUCUUCGACCGACCUGUUGGCUUGUUGUGGCUGUACCUUCGGGCCCGGCAUGGUCGUGAUGGUCACAGCUACUGUUCGGUGAAAGGCUGUGAAAGAGUGAAAAUCAUGGCCACCACAUCCUCCAAACAGACCUGUAACUGUACAGCUAAAGCCUACCCCAAGUACUCCAAGACUCCCUCAGCAGUGGUGCCUAUGCCAGCUCUAAACACAAACCCAUGCAAAGGCUGUGGUGCUAAACAGCUUGUGUUUUCCAGCGAGCCAUGGACCUUCUACCUCCAGACACAAAUCAAGUCUCUCAGCAGCAAAGAGCAGCAGAAGGGAGAUAACAGCUCCUUUAUCACUGUGAAUGAUGUGACCAUGCCCCUCUCUGAGCCUGGGUAUAUCCUGGUCUCAGUGGAUGCCUGCUCUGGAAAAGUCACCAAGAAAACCUCAUUUUCCAAAAUGGACGCCAAGAUGGAGCAGUACCUAAAAACUGGAAUACCAAAGAGGUCGAUUGUGCUCAUGGCAACACGAGGUCAGCCAGAAGGCCUGGUCGGCGUAGCACCAUAUCUGGUCUCCUUUGGUUUGGCUAAAGCUGCUGAUCUGCACAGUAAAGAGAGUCUGGCACUUUGGGGGUUCCAGGGUGGUUCUUCACCCCCUUCGUGGGUUUCUCUACGCACGGGGCAAGGGGAUGACUUCAUGGGGCUGCAGGAGCGUUACUUACCCCUGGGUUUGGAGGCAUACGGCUGUACGGCACCCGCAGCUCAAAGGCGCAAAGACCUGGAGCUUCUCAAAAAAGCCACAGGACUACAAUGACCAAUGUGAACUAUACAACUUACCUACCCAAAACACUCUUGCACACAGAUAAAUAAACACACACAACCAGCUGAUGAAUGUGAACUGCUGAACCUUUAAUUUAUUAACAAUAGCCAAGAUGUUUACCAAUUUCAAGUGGAGAGGUAUUUUAGUAUGAACGGGGGAGUAUUUUUAUGAUUUUGUUUGUGUAUGUGCGUGUGUAUGUGUAAGUAUGCCUUGGGGCCGCUGAGUCAAUGCACUUUCCUUUUAAAGACACAACCUGCCUUAUCAGCCAAAGUGAUCAAAUGGAGCUUUGCAAUAACAUAACUCAGUUGUUUAUCUUUGACAGCAGAAAAAACAAACAAACCCAAAACAGCUUUUAACAUCUGCCUAUCAAUCUUAUUAUUUACUAUGUAGUAAAUGAAAACAGAAUGAAUUGGACUGAGAAUAAAUGAAAAUAAAUUGCGUUGUCCCUGAAAUGAGAACAUGUUCGACUGGAACUGAAAAUGAAAGAUGGAUUAGAUGUGCUCAGGUCAAAAGGAAAUGAAGAAACUAAAUGCCAUUACAAUACAAGAAUUAAACAGCAACAUAAAGCCAAAAAUGAUCAUGUAAUGUAAUUAUACAGAGCCAGUGGGUUAAAUAUGUUAGUUAUUAUUUGAUGCAAAUAAUACAUUUUACUUACAUUUUAAAAGCAAGUCGUAACAAGCCAUAUCUACAUUAAUAUUUAAAUAGUCAUAUAGGGAUACAGUAGUUUGCAGUAAAAUGAAUCUGGCUAUCUUGCGUUUCUGACAUAUAAUAAUGCCAUUAAUUAGAAAACUUACUACUAUGUAGGUCAUUAUUCUCUUUUCACCAAUCCUCACACACAUCUUUUAGCUUUUUAGUUGAUGUCUGUAACAACUGAAUCUUUAACUGGAAAACCUCCUCUGAUCAUCGUGCAGCUGUACAACUGAACACUUUAAGCACCUUUUUAUGGAUUCUUACAUGGACUUACUGGAUCUUUUAUCUCAUAUCUCUUAUUUAUCUCUGCAGUAAUGGUGUCUCAAGUGCUGGCCACAUGUGCAGCACAAAUAUACAUAUAGUAGUACUUUUCUUUUUAUUUUUGUUUUCUCAAACAGAAUUGAAUGUUUUAUCUUUCAUCUGCCUCAGUCUUUUCAUGUGCAUUAUUGCCAAAACUGUGUUUUGAUACAUUACAGGGUGCUUUUUUUUUUUUUUAGAGAUAGUACCCUGAGUAAGCAGCAAAAUGCAAACAGAUCAUGUGCCUAAGGCUUUUAUGUUGAGACUUACAGUAUAUAAUCUUUUAUAGGUUGUUUGGAUGUGAGCAGGGCUCCCCCACUGAGCAAUGAUAAGUACCUAUCUGUGACUGUGUGUGCGUGUGUGUGUGUGUGUGAUAGUGUGAGUAUAUGACUGACCAUGUGAGCUAGAGAGAGGACAAUGACCUUGUUGCCUUUUAACCACUUUACUGUUAAAAAGAGCAAAAGAAUGAGAGAAAGAUGUUUCCAUCCAGCCUUUUGUUCAAUUGAUGCUUUAAAAAUGCACAACCAGAGAGUUCUUAAUUUUUUUUAAAUUAGAAGUGAGCUUUGUAAAUAUGGUGUCUAAUGUUUAACUCAAACUGUACAUGUAAUGGAUACAGGUUGUCAAUAGUGUGUAUUUACUGUUGUUUUUGUUGUUUGUCAAUUGAUAAGUCAUUUGGAAGAAUUUAAGUCAGUUCUUUCAACAUGGAAACUCUGCAUUUGUUAUGAAAUUACAAUUAAAUAAACAUUUAUGCUUUGUGAUAA